AUGUUGCGCUGGCUGCUGCUGCCGGCGGCGGCGAGUGCGCUGUUGACACAGGACCCUGGCACGACCGCCGUGACGCAGACCGUGGGCGAGAACUUGACGCUAACCCUCAGCUGUCCGGACGCUUCGACGGCGAUCAAUAAGAUUCUCUUUGCGUCCUACGGUAUGCCCAAGGGCGACGGUCUCGCCGCGUCGGCCGAGAGCUACUGCGACUCGCCCAAGUCCAAGCCGGUCGUGCAGAGCUACUGCCUCCAGCAGCAAGCCUGCAGCCUCUGGGCCGUCAACAGCUGGUUUACAGACGAAUGCGUUGGCACGGCCAAGCACUUGACCGUCACGGCGCAGUGCGCAGCUGCCACACCGACACUCGCUCUCGACUCGGGCGCUAUGCUUGCCGCCGCCAACGUGACAGAGAACAGCACGCUCUCGCUUGCCUGCGCCGACACGUCGGCAACCAUCAGCAAGAUUCUCUUCGCCUCCUACGGCUUGCCAAGUAACGUGGGGCUGUACGCUGCCCAGGGCAAGUGCGACGCGGCCAACUCGACCGCGAUCGUCGCCGCAGCCUGUCUCGGCAAGACAGCGUGCAGCGUCAGCGCCGACAACAGUGUGUUUGGAAAUCCCUGCGCCAGCAUUCGCAAGCAUCUCACCGUCACAGCGCAGUGCACCUCGUCCAACAAGAGCUCAUCUUCGACCGCGCUGAUUGUCGGUAUCGGCUGCGGCGUUGCCGUCCUCAUGGCCGUCGUUGGCGGCUACGUCUGCUGCUCUCGGCGGCGCAAGGAGCCUCUCGAGACACGCCCGGAUACCCCCGUCUACCAAAUCCUCGAAAGCACCACCAACCGCGCAGACCCCAAGCCGCGAACACGCAACAGCAGCGUCGCAACAGGGCCAACCGGGCCUACGAGUGGACCCAAUGACGCCAGCCAACACCACAAGACGUACCCCGAAUCGUUUGUCGGCGCCAGCUGGACCCGCCCCAUCGAGAUCGAGUGCGUCGUCGAGUACAUGGACCUCGGCGAUCUUCGCAACUACCUCAUGACGACGCGCCCGGGUGUCCUUACGUGGAGCCAAAAGUACGACGUCAUCCUGAGCGUCAUCCACGGCCUCGUGUACCUGCACACGUUCAAGGUCCCGAUCAUCCACCGCGACCUCAAGAGCCGCAACAUCCUCCUCGACUCGGUCAAGGUUUGUUACAAAUUGGCGAUUUUACUGCAACCUAACCCUAUGGUGGUUAGGGUACCAAGCUCACGGACUUUGGCACGUCGCGCGCCGCCGAGGCCGACGACACGAUGA